AUGACAAGAAGGCGGCAAAUCCUCACCAGCAGACCACUUGGCAGACUUCCAGGCCCCAGGGAGGAAAAGCCAGGAGCGCACUGCCAUGGCUGUCCCUCUGAGUUGUCAGCUACAGGAAGCGCCACAGGGGCCUUCAAAACCAGAAAAGAGCAGGGAAAGUGCGAGAAGGUGCCUGGCAUGAGGUGGCAGCAUGGACCCCACAGACCCUCGCUGGCUCAGAGCCAGUGGCCCAGAAGACAACUGAGGUCCUUGUGCCCCUCAUUAAGCCAGGCUGGGGACAGCUCAGAGGACACAGGCCGGAAGAAAGCAGCCCAAGGCCUCCCAGGAGCCUCGGUCCAGCAGGAACUGAAUCCAGAAUCCAGACACCGUCAGGACAGAAAGAAGGGCCAUGUCAGGGCGAGCAGAGGCAUUGGUUGUUCAUCGACACACGACACACGUUUGCUGAGCAUGCGGAAUCCAGCUGUGCGACCAGGAGGGCAGCCUGCUGUGACUGUGACGCUCCUUCUGUCCUGUCCAUCCCCAGUGCCACGCUCCCCCUGGGCUCAGGCCAGACCUGCAUCACCCUCCUUCCCAUGCCAUGCCACAUCACGCAGCCCUGGAAAAUGCGUCUCCUCCUCCCUGACUUCUUUUUUGGGUUCUGUCACUUCUUGCUGCCGCCAUCUUUUGAUCUUGUCAUCUACACCACAGAUUCGGAUCCUAAGUGUUUGCGGAGCCCAUGUCCGCUCUCCAGGAAGGGCUCCUGCCAAACCAACUCCAGAGGCUGCUGGAAUUUCCAGAGGUGGCCACAGUCAUGCAGGCAGCACAGCCACAACAAUCCAGCCUGGGGACCCCGGGCCAGCCUGUCCCUCCUCCCCUGUCCUGGUGAGCAAUAGUAAGCCCAGCUCUGUCCCCCACCCCACCCCCCAGGCUUCCUUUUCUUUUUUUGUCUUUUUCUUUGCCUUCUCCUCUGCUCCUGAGCUGGUGCUGUGGCCUCCUCAUCACCCCGGGCCUCCCCCUGGCUGAAACUGCAUGGCUUCAGCUGGAUCCCCGGGCUCUCUGUGGCCAAAGUCCCACCUUGACCUUGGCUUCCUCCUCUCUGCUGGGCUGCAAACACGGUCAGCACAGGAGGGACACCACCCUCCAGCCAGCCGGCCUGUGUGUGGGGUUUUCUUCCCACCUGCUGUCCCUUCCCAGCAGGUCUGCCCCACCCCGUCUGCAGCCCAAGUGUGGCCUCCCCGGAGAGGACCAGCCAUCCCUACCCCGACGCUCCAUGACAGCCUGCCCUGCUCCCUUGUUUCCGUGUGUCCCGUCCCCGGUGACCUUGAGCCCCUGGUGGGCCUCCUUCAGUGUCUGGAAGCACAGGCUGCACUUGUGGGAAGAACAAGGUGUAUCCCGCAGGGACUGGACAAGAGCAGCCCAGAGAGGAAGGAGCAAGCAAAACACCCACCACCACCUCUGGCUCUGAGGCAGUCACAGGCAGCUACAGAGAACCCAGACUGUCAGGGCUCCCACAGGCAGGAGAAUCAGGCUUUACACUCUCCCAGGCUCCAGAGCUCCCAGUACAGCGGCACCAGGCAGAGCCAGUGCACCCACCACCCCAUGCACCUCCCCAGCAGUUCAGGGUUUGAGCCAGAUGGACUGAAGGAUAGGAUUCUCCUGCCCACCCACCCCCCUUUGGAAUUCCAGGGGCUCUUGCUGGGAGGAGCUGGGAGCUUCCUUCUCACUGAGGAGCCUGUUAUGCUCACCAGGACAGGUGGUCAACUUAACGCCUGCUGGAUUACAUCAGCAUGGCAUUGACCAAAGAUGCUCCACCUGAGGAAAGUUGCCAGGAUAAAUAGGUGGAGAAGAAGGGAGAUGUUGAGGGUUGAGGCGUUAAGGAGGCAUUGUUGGAGUUGCUGUCUAAGCUGUUGGUUCUCCUGGAGAAGCCUUGGUCCUCACAUGGAGCAUUGCUUCCUGGCUCCGGAGGGGAAGACAUGUGCUGCUUGGUCUCCAGGAUGAACUCGUCACGCUGCUUCAUGGCAUGUACCUGACUGUGCAUGUCAUCGGAGGAGCUCGGGGCCUCUGUGUCGCUAAGGACAGCUGUGGUGCCUUUCAGGGUAGCCCUGGUCUUUGUUGUGAGUGUGACUUCUCGGCUCCAGCACAGAACCCUCAUCCCACUAGCACAGCUCCUUCAUCCUGCUGGCACAGACUUUCUUGCUUCCACCGCUGACCCUUGGGUCUUCCCCGCACGGAUCCGUAAAAGAGACUGGCGUGAGUCCUUCUUGUGGGCUCUGGACCGCCAGCUGGACUCGUGGGAGGCAUUGUCCUGAGCUCUGGGUUUUUAUCUGGACUCAUGUAGGACAUUGCCAUGGGGUUUAGGCUCUUGACUAAAUAAUCUAUGUCUUUGGUGUUGCGGAUAGAUUUCCUGCAUUUUCCUGUGUUAACUCCUGGUGGCCAUUAUAAAAAUAACAUUAUAAACUCCAUGUCUUGAUCCUAAUUGUUCUCUGUGUACAACCCCUGACUACAACAGAGCCUGAGAAACAUCCAUAGUGGGGGCAGGAGCAAAGUCCCAAGAAGGAGGAAGCACAUGCCUGCCCACAAACAGUAAAGACUGCAGCGUCCAGUCAGAGCUGGGGGAGGGGAGGCAGUGGCACCUGCAGGAGGAGGGACGGACCCAGGGAGGCCCGGUGCUAUGAGCAACCUCCCCUGCCUCCUGACUUGAGGCCAACUAAGGUUAAGGGAGACACGCUGGUGUUCCCUGAUCUGGGAAAGGUCCAAACCCAGCCACACACCAGUGCUUAAGGAAAGCAAGCAGGGGAAGGGGAUGGAACCCUCCUGGCACAAAGUCAGGGUGCCACUUCCCUGCUGCACCCCUCCUCCUCCUCCUUCUCCUUCCCCAGGCCCAGGGUGUCUGAUCAGCAGUCCCUGCAUCUUGGGUUGCAAGAACUGGAAAGGGUUUGGAAAACAGCUGGCCCCAUGGCCCUCUUUAUAGGAGAGGAAACUGAGGCUUGGGGAAGGAAAGGGACAGAGCCCAGCUCAUCCAACGCUGUAUGUACUGAUCAGGCUCUCACAUCCUUGGUCAACCCAUGCAAA